UCCCCGUAUGGUUAUGUCCCCCGUCGUCACUGAUUUCUUUCUAACCUGGGUAUUUAUGUGGAUACCUGGGUGGGCCACCCUGACUGCUUGGGUUCCAGUUCAGCCUCCUCCAGUGUGCCUGUCCAAGUGGCCUGGGUGGGUUAUUACCCCUUCCAUCCCUCAGUUUCCCCAUCUGCAAAAUGAAAUAAUAGUGCUCCUGCCAGAGUGGCUGGGGUCAGUGACCGUGCACUUGGAGGUGCCCAGCAAAGGGGAGCAUCCAUUCCUUAAUAAUUAUCUUAAAUAUCUUACUGUUUGGGAUCUUUUAUUACUAUUUAAGAAGACUGUCAUUUUACUAUUUUAUUAUUGCUUUAUUAUUACACUUGUUAUUACUUUUUUGUUAUUAUCUCCACCUGGAUUUUUAGGCAGAGGCCCUACCGGGCUCCACAGAUGUGGGUAUUUACCCCUUUUGAGGCGGCUUAACCACCCAAAGUGGGUAUUUACCUACCAAGUGGGUCCCUCUGACCUGCCCCCAGGUCUCCUCACUUCCAUGUCCUGGGAGGGGAGGUGGCCUCUGCCCCCUGAGUCGGCCCCACCCCAGCCUGAGUCACCUCCGCUCUGAGCCCUCCUUGAUUUCCUGUACCAGGAAAUUGGUUCCUCUCUGGCCUGUUCCUGGGGGAGGGGCCGGUGGCAGAGCAGGUGUAUUUUUGCCCAGAGGAGUGGGUGUCAAACCCGUGGGGAGCAUCCCUGAGAGGAUGAAAGAACCUGUUCUCCUCAAACCUGUCCUCACAGCUGUCCCACAGGUGGGCCUGUUCCCCCCCCCACCCCCGUGGAUGUUGGCCACUGCCACCCUGUAGACACAUCCCAAGGCCUGCUGGGUCCAGGAAGCUUCAGGGCCCUGUCUGGGUCCUCAGUUUCCCAUCUGUAAAGUGGUCUCUUAGGGGGGCUGGGUAGGGGAAGCCAAUGAACUGGCCCUUGGGUGAGUAUGGUAAACAAGUUCUGAUAUUCAUUCAACAAACAGCUGUUGAGCACCUUCUAUGGGCCAGGUGCUGGGGAUACAGCAGGGCCCAAGAGGACCCUGUCCUUAUCAUUCUGGGCUAGUGAAGGAGAUGAGAAGCAGGAGUAAACAACUAGGACCAGCUGGUUUCCUGUGCAACUGGUGAAGCUGGAAAUGGGCUGAUUGGUCCCCUUGGGAGGCAGGGUAGCUUCUCCCAGGAGGUGUUGAGCCCAAGAAAGGGUGCUUUAGGCAGGAGGCUGAGCACAUGCAAAGGCCCUGAGGCAGGCUGUCCCUGACCUGUUUGAGAUGAAGUGAAAAGGGCCUGUGCCUGGAGCAGGAGUGAGAGGGAGAGAGAUGGGCCAGCAUUGCUGUUCUGAUAUGGGUGUAUUUUAUAAAAGGUUAGGCUGGUAUCCACCCUGCUUCCCCAGCGUUCAUUACAAAUCUGACUGGUUGGUUUUUUGUCUGCUGCACCCUGCCCUCUCCCUUUUUGAGGUGGGGGGCUCCAACCCUGCAGUCAGCCCCAAGGCUCCUGCUGGGGUCUGGUUAGAGCCAGCAAGCUUGAGCUGGUGGCAGGACUCAAAUUUCGGUUCUCAAUUCGGCCCGGGAGGUUCAUGAGACUGUAGCCUGUGGGACCAGUGGUGGCACUGCAGUGCCAUGGGGAGCCAUGCAUGGUGGAGGAGCAGGGCAGGGAGCAGCUGGGUCCUAGCCAGGUGUGCGGGCCUCUGGGUUUGAGCCCUUCAGACGGCUGUGGCCCCAGGAGGGAAGCAGGAGGCUGGACGGAUCAGGGGAGUGUCCCUUUUCAGACCAGUUUCAAAUCCUGGUUCUGUCCUGGUCCCCAGGGGACGGGAGCCCCAUCUCUUGGAGCCCCAUUAUUCUGAGGGCCCAGGCUCCCUCCCUGCAUUCCACCCUGCUCUGGGGUUCUUCUAUAGCUCCCCCCGGAUGUGGCCUUGUUAUCAGCCCCCACCAGGCCACUGUCCUGGACGCCAUCCAGAAGCUGGGGCGGAGACACAGGCUCUGGAGCCCGUAGUGGGGUCCCCUGGGCCUCAGGAAGGUUGCGUCCAGCCUCAGAGGUGUUGGUCCUGUGCCGACUUGAUUUGCUCCGUCCUGUCCAGUUGCCCUCUGCACCUGUGGGAUCUUGGGACAAUGACUUUGCCCCUUGGUUUGCAGGUCUGUGUAAUGGGCGUCAGAAAAAUAGCCUUUGGCUCCUGGGGUGAUGGUGAAGGGGAUUGCUGCAAUCGGUGGUGUGGCUUGGGCGAGCUCCCCGUCACAGGAGGAAACCAAGCAAGUGGCAGCUUGCGGGGGAAGGCCCCUUCCGGGCUGCCUGCCUGCUCUAGCCAGCUCCCAGGUGAAGAGGCUCUCGGCCUCCAAGCGGAAGCAACACUUCAUCAACCAGGCUGUGCGGAACUCAGACCUCGUGCCCAAGGCCAAGGGGCGGAAGAGCCUCCAGCGCCUGGAGAACACCCAGUACCUCCUGACCCUGCUGGAGACCGAAGGAGGCACACCUGGCCUGGAGGAUGGGGACCUGGCACCCCCUGCGGCCCCCGGCAUCUUCGCAGAGGCCUGCAGCAAUGAGACCUACAUCGAGGUCUGGAACGACUUCAUGAACCGCUCUGGGGAGGAGCAGGAGCGGGUUCUCCGCUACCUGGAGGAUGAGGGCAAAAGCAAGGCGCGGAGGAGGGGGCCUGGCCGCGGAGAAGACCGGCGGAGAGAGGACCCAGCCUACACGCCCCGAGAGUGCUUCCAGCGCAUCAGCCGGCGUCUGCGAGCCAUCCUCAAGCGAAGCCGCAUCCCCAUGGAAACCCUGGAGACCUGGGAGGAGCGGCUGCUGAGGUUCUUCUCUGUGUCUCCACAGGCCGUGUACACGGCCAUGCUGGACAACAGCUUUGAGAGGCUCCUGCUUCAUGCUGUCUGCCAGUACAUGGACCUCAUCUCAGCCAGUGCCGACCUGGAGGGUAAGCGGCAGAUGAAGGUCAGCAAUCGGCACCUGGACUUCCUGCCCCCGGGGCUGCUCUUGUCCGCAUACCUGGAACAGCGCAGCUGAUGGUGGCCCCGCGGUGCUCCCGCAGCCCCGUCUCCCUGGCGCCAAGACCUCCCAUACCACCUGCUGAAAUACCUUUAUUAUUUUUAGAAUUUUCCCUUGGAAACAUGCUCCUCCCCUUGGGGUCACCCCGUUCCAGCCCAUCUUCCCAGAUGUGUUGGUGGCUGGGCCUCCCCAAACUCCCCGGCUGGGCCACUUCCAUUUCCCUUCCUCAGUCAGCAUUUUUGGCCCCUUCUGAGCUUACGCGAGGAGGGAGAGGCUGGAUUUUUAUCAUUUUUAAUGAAUUUGGUGUGAUUUGUUGUAGAUUUUUAAAUUUCCCUUUUGAGAAAAAAAACAAAGAACUUGCCCCAAGUGAUAACUCGAGGGGCUUCAUUCCAGUCCUUGCUUGACCCCCUCCCAAUAUGUGGCAUGGGUGGGGGUCUCUGGGGCCCUGUCCCUCGCCCCAGGGGCAUUACGUUUUUUUGUGUGUGCGCGUGUGUGUGCGUGUGCCCUGCGACCCAGGACAGAGGCUGCGUCUUAGAGCUGGUUUCACCCCCUUUUUUGGACUGUGUGCUGUCUUCCUGGGCACGCUGUGGUGGCCCUUGGGGGUCCUGUGUCCCUGAGAUACCCCCUACCUUCAUACUGGGGGUCUGGGACUUCCAGCCAGAAGCCUCCGCCCUCAGACUGUCUUGUUCCCCUUUCCAUGUCCCCUCAUGUAUACCGCCCCCCAGCCUGGCUCUGGGUGUCCUCAUGCGGGUCCCCCUGACCUGGCGUGUGAGUGCAGAGCUGGGAGGCUGCCCCCCCCCCCCCCCCCCGCAGCCUUGUGUGUGUGGCUAGUUGUGCUUUGGAAAAAGUGGAGAGUUCAAUAAAUUUCUGGUGCUCUGGUCUCCA